AUGAGCGCCCAGUCGCCCGGUUACCCAGACAAACCCCCGCCUUCACACACUUCGUCGAGGAAGGACGAAGAGGCUGCUGGUCCUAGAGAAAUCAGUACAUCAUAUGUUGUGAACGUGCUUCAGUCGCUGCCUGUGGAGAAACAGAGAGAAAGAGUGAGCAACACGAAAACGAGCCGUGUGGAUCCUGUACUUACCGUGAGCUGUAGUCAGCGAAGAGCCGCUGCCUGUGGAGAAAUAGAGAGAAAGAGUGAGCACCACGAAAACGAGCCGUGUGGAUCCUGUACUUACCGAGGAAAAAGGAGGGCGCCACGGACAGCAAAGACCAGGCAGGAGCCUGAGUCCCACGCCCCCUGGUCCACAGUGUCCCGGACCCCCGUUGCCCCCCCCCCUCUUCCUGUCAUUCUCUUGGCCGUUGCCUACCUGGAGGGCAGAGCCAGAUACUUUAGUUUUAAUUUCCCCCUUCCCCAUUUCCCAAUGUCAUCUUUGGCAUCAUCCCAUCAGUAUCACUUUAUAUCUGAGUCUAAGAACUGGACUGAAGCUCAGAGAUACUGCAGAGAGAAUUACACUGAUCUGGCCACCAUUGAUAACAUGGAUGAAAUGAACAGACUGAUGAACACAGUUAAUGGGAGUUACAAUGGAUCAGCCUGGAUUGGACUGUAUUAUGAUGUGAACAGCUGGAGAUGGUCACUGGAAAACAAUGAUUUCUAUCAGGAAGGAGAGAGAGAUUUCAGAAACUGGUAUCAUGAACCAAACAACUAUGGAGGAAAUGAGCUGUGUGUUUAUAUGAAUUAUGAUGGCCAAUGGUUUGAUUCAUCAUGUGACAACUUCUUUUCAUUUGUUUGUUACAAUGCAAAUAAUAACACAUACAUCAGAAUUAAUUUUGGAAGAAAGUGGGCAGAUGCUCAGAGAUACUGCAGAGAACAUUACACAGAUCUCGCCAAUGUAAGAAACAUGACUGAAAAUCAGAAGAUCCUUGAGAGUACUGGUGGUUACGUCUGGAUCGGUCUGUACAGAAACAGGAUUUGGUCAAAUGGUCAGAUUACCAAAUAUCAAAACUGGAGACCCGAAAUUCUUUAUUCACCGGGACAACCAGAUAAUGGUCAAUAUACUUAUGACCAGCAGGGUGACCAGCACUGCACUGCUGUAUCAUUAGGACACUUGGGCAGAUGGACAGAUGAGAACUGCUUAACCAACAUGUCCUUCUUCUGCUACAAUAGAAUCUGCACACAAUCUUCAUGUGGUCCUCGUCAGUAUCACUUUAUAUCUGUAAAAAAGACCUGGUCUGAAGCUCAGAGAUACUGCAGAGAGAAUUACAUUGAUCUGGCGACCAUUGAAAACAUGGAUGAUAUGAACAGGCUCAUUAAAACAGUAGAGGGAAAUAAGUAUGGUACAGCAUGGAUUGGACUGUAUGAUGAUAUGAACAGCUGGAGAUGGUCACUGGGAAACACAGAGUUGGGAGAAGGGUUUAAAAGCUGGUAUGGCCAGCAGUCAGUUAACUGGUAUGGACAGAAUCUCUGUGUUAUCCUUUCAUAUUACAAAGGAUUCUGGAAUAAUUUGUUUUGCUCCUACCAGUUUUACUUUAUUUGCUAUGAUGGAAGACAGAAUGCCAGUGCAAAUUAUGUGUUCGUUUAUGAGCGCAAAAACUGGACUGAAGCUCAGAGUUACUGCAGAGAGCAUCACACAGACCUUGUCAGUAUCAGGAAUGAAACUGAAAAUAAGAGGAUCAGAUCUCUUUUACAGAAAAAUGAUUAUUGGGUUUGGAUUGGUCUGUACAGAAGCCCAUCUUGGUCUGAUCAGAGUAACUCUACAUUCAGUAACUGGAGAUCAGGAAAGCCAAAUAAUGUUGAAAACUCUGAAGACUGCACUGCUGUGUCAUUUAUUGAUGGGAAAUGGACAGAUGAAAACUGUGAUUUGUCUUUACCUUUCUUUUGCUACAAUGUGACAGUGUUAGGAUCAUCCCAUCAGUAUCACUUUAUAUCUGAGUCUAUGAGCUGGACUGAAGCUCAAAGAUAUUGCAGAGAGAAUUACAUUGAUCUGGCCACCAUUGAUAACAUGGAUGAAAUGAACAGUCUGAUGAACACAGUUAAUGGGAGUUAUAGUGGAUCAGCCUGGAUUGGACUGUAUGAUGAUCUGAACAACUGGAGAUGGUCACUGGAAAACAAUGAUUUCUAUCAGGAAGGAGAGAGAGACUUCAGAAACUGGUAUCAUGAACCAAACAACUAUGGAGGAAAUGAAUUAUGUGUUUAUAUGGAUUAUUAUGGAAAGUGGAAUGAUUUUUCAUGUGACAAUAAUUUCCCAUUUGUUUGUUAUAAUGGUAGAGAAAACGCCUCUCAGAGUUAUGUUUUUGUACCUGAGGAAAAGACCUGGCUUGAAGCUCAGAAAUACUGCAGAGAGUUUUACACAGAUCUGGCCAGCGACUGUGGGGAGCUCAACACUGCACUGCUGUGUCUGGAAAAUAUGUUGGUCAAUGGACAGAUGAAAGCUGCUUAG